CCAUGGCGCCUGCUAGCCUGCUUGCGCUGCUGCUGCUGCUCUUCGGAGGCUUCCCCGCCGCCCCCGCCGAGUCGAUUCGAGAGACUGAAGUCAUAGACCCUCAGGACCUCCUGGAAGGCGGCUACUACUCUGGAGACCUCCCUGACGAUGAAGAUGCUGGGGGCCUCGAGCAGGGAUCAGAUGACUUUGAGCUGUCGGGCUCUGGAGAUCUGGAUGGCACCGAGGAGACCAAGACCUUCCCAGAAGGGAUACAACCCUUGGUGCCUCUACACAACCACAUUCCGGAGAGGGCACAGCCUGGGAUCCGUGUCCCCUCAGACACCAAGGAGCUGGAAGAAAAUGAAGUCAUUCCCAAAAGGGUCUCGCCCUCCGAAGUGGGCGAUGAUAUAUCCAACAAAGUGUCCAUGUCCAGCACUGCUCAGGACAGCAACAUUUUUGAGAGAACCGAGGUCCUGGCAGCUCUGAUUGUGGGCGGCGUGGUGGGCAUCCUCUUCGCCGUCUUCCUGAUCCUGCUGCUGGUGUACCGCAUGAAGAAGAAGGACGAAGGCAGUUACGACCUGGGCAAGAAACCCAUCUACAAAAAAGCCCCCACCAACGAGUUCUAUGCGUGAAGCCUCCCAUGAGUGCUGCUUGGACUUAAUGGGGAGGGGAGUCAAAUGAUUGGAUGGUGGGCAUUAGUAGAGGAAGGGCACCUUAAUACUGAUUCGUCAGUAUCUGUCUCUGGUCACCUCUCUGGUGUCAGCAGAGAGAUCUACUGUGCUGCCUCGCUUGGAUUUGGGGGUAGGGGUAUGUGUGUCGGUUGCUCUGGCAGAAAGAAAGGGUUAAACUUGCCUUUUCUAAAGGCAAGCCUGGGAUUGGUUCAUUUUAUUCCCCCCAGAUUUCCAGAAUAGAAUCUAGGACCCGUGUAGAGCCUGUACUGAAUGUGCCUCACCUAUGACUGCCUUGACUCUGGAAGCCAAGUUGGCUGCUGUCCACAUGCUAAAUACCCUACCCAUCCAUCAGGAGCUGGGACAAGAAGCUAGAAUCCCUUGCACCUUGAGAUGGUCCACUCACGAGUGGGUCACACUACAGAGUCUCUAUGAUUCGCCUUGGCCAUUCUAGGCUCUGUCCAGUGACUUUUGGAACUCACUUUUUUUUUUUUUUUUUAAAUCCGGGGAGGGUGGGGUGAAGUGCCGAAAUGCAUUUGUAGAAGAUUGAGAAAACUAAUUUUUUUUUUUUUUUUAAAAAAAGGUUCAUUCCUUUCUGUGAGUGUUUGUGCCCAGGCUAAGAAUGUGGGGAUGGGCAAAUGUUCUGUGCAGAACAUUUCCAUUGCACCAGCUGAGUUUGUGUGUCACGAUUUUUAUGUUGUUUUGUUUGUCUUUUGAAAUGAGAGAAGAGUUGGAGAUAAUGAUUUUUAUUAAUUUUUUGUUACUAUUUAUAGCUUCAGACAGGGCUGCUGCUUCAUCCUCCUUUCUUCACUGCCCCUCCCCCACCAUUUAAAAAAAUACUCUGCCCUCUUGUUUAUAACUUUGGCCCUUUCUGAAGUUGCUUUGUCUAAGAAGUAGCUAUAAUGUUCUAGCAGAUUCCAGAAUAUAAUGUAGGGGAUAGUGGGAUAUUUGUGUAUGUGUUCUUGUAAUAUAUUAUUCUUACUUGGCUCUAGGAGAAUAGAUGAAUAUAUUUUUUUAGGAUAUAGAAUGGUAUUACCAGUUUCACGUUGGCUGGGUGGCCGUGUGAGUGAGUUUUCGUGUGGCUGAGUAGGCUUUGGCCCCUUCUCUUGCCCUGUUCCUGGUGCCUGAAGUAGUUGAGGGUAGCUGACUCUAACCCUCAUUCUGCCUUCUGCUGGGGACCCAGCUGCCAGGCUCCUGGGUCUGCUUUCUCCAGGGUCUGUAGAUGACAGUGACCUCGUGUGGCUGGAUAAAUCAGGUCAGUUCAGACCACACAAUUAGAAAUCCAUUUCUCAGUUGCUCUGGCCACAGUUUGAGUGCUCAGUCGCCAUAGCAGGUCGCCACUCAGCAUUGCUUGUAUCCCGGGGCAAGAGAAGGGGACCUGGAGGAGGGCGAUGAGGCCCCAAGUUCUGUCGUCUAGGACUCCCCCUCUUACGGAGUGACUUACAAAGUCCAGGGUGUGUGUGGACUGGGGAGGUCGGAGUCCCUCAACCAUGCCUGUGCCUGUAAGUCCCAUGAGCACCUCAGUCCAGGCCCCAGCUGGCUGGGUCCUCUUCUAGCCUCGGUGCCUGCACCUUUUCUGUACCCCUCACACUGUCGUCUGUUACUGAUUUUGUUUUUGAUAAAAGGAUAAUAAAACCUGAUACUUUCUA